AUGGAAGAGCCUGCACCCCUGCGCUGGUCGAGCGCAUUACCCGUGAUAAGUCCCUCUGCGAUAGCGGCCAAGAAUCUCCGCGGCGACAAGAUUCUUCUUCCACAAUCUGCUCUGGAACAACUCCUAGCCGCCGCGCGAUCUCGACCUUCGACGACGACAGCCCGAUCAGAUCCGUGGUCAUAUUCCUCGAGCGAUGCUGAUACUGCACAACAACUACCGAAUCCUUUAAUAUUCCGACUCGUCAAUCCGAAGAACAAGAAUGCUGUGUUUGCAGGUAUCAGGGAGUUUUCGGCGUCCGAGGGAACAUUGGGGUUGAGUCCGUGGUUAACGGAGGCUUUGGGCAUUCAAGAGGAUGAAUGUGUUUCGCCGAAAGAGGUGAUAGACCUGGAGCAGGACACAGCACAGGAAAGUGAACAAAUGGACCUAGACGGCAUUCAGAUCAAAGUCGAGGCGCGGCAACUUCCUAAGGGCACGUACGUUCGACUCAGACCUUUAGAAGCAGGCUACAACCCCGAUGACUGGAAACCACUACUCGAGCGACAAUUACGAGAGAAUUUUACAACACUAAGCAAAGGUUCAAUGCUGGCAGUCAAAGGCGCCCGCGGGGAGGAGUUCAAGUUGCUCGUGGACAAGGUCGCUCCCGAAGGAGACGGCAUCUGCGUCGUGGACACGGAUCUCGAAGUCGAUAUCGAAGCCUUGGACGAGGAACAAGCGCGUGAAACAUUAAGACGAAUCAUGUCUGCGCAAAGAGGAACUACGGAUGGAAGCUCUACGGGCGGCGAGAUUGAUAUCUGGAAGGCUGUUGAGGGGCAGGUUCUUGAGGGUGAAUACGUUGAUUACGUGCUUCCCUCGUGGAAUAAAUCACAACCUCUUGCGAUUGAGCUUACUACCGAUGAAGAUGAAGACGCGCUCGAUUUAUUUGUUACGCCGAAAUCUUCGCGACAACGAGCGCUGCCACGAGAAAGUGUUCAUGUUUUUGGGGACUUUUCACCGGCAGUUGAUGGGGUCAAGAGGAUUGUGAUAAGUCCUACGAAUGUGGAAAUGGAGGGAGCGGAGCAGAUCACGAUAUCGGUGCAAGGAUACAAACAUCCAGAUGCUAAGGAGUCGCCGAAGACAUUGCAGUACUCACUACGAGCCAAGGUGGACUUACAAGACGCCAAGGACGGAGCGAACGGGCUUUCCAAUGGGGCCAGUGAACAAGAACACUCUCCCGACGAGGAGCAGUGUAGUAACUGUUUACAAUUCGUUCCGAAGCGGACGAUGGUUCUACACGAAAACUUCUGUCGGAGGAAUAACAUUGUCUGCCCCAAGUGCAAAUCUGUGUUCAAGAAGGGCUCUCCGGAGUGGGAAGCGCAUUGGCAUUGUGAAAAGGACAGUGCUUCUGGGAAUUCGACAGAGAGUAAGGCGAAGCAUGACGAUAUCUUUCACACGGAGCGACAAUGUCCACACUGCGAAUUUUCGACGAAUUCGAUGGCUGAUUUGGCGAGGCAUCAGACGAGCGUGUGUCCCGGGAAGUUGAUACUCUGCAGGUUCUGUCAUCUCGAGGUUCCUCAAGAAGGCGAUCCUUUCAAUCCCAGCCCAGAGGUUGUUCUGUCUGGGUUGACGGCUCAUGAACUUGCCGAUGGCACACGGACAACAGAAUGCCACCUCUGCGACAAGAUUGUUCGUCUGAAAGACAUGGAGACACAUCUCAAACACCACGAACUCGACAAAGUAUCUCGUCUAAAACCACCAAUCUGCCGCAACGCCAACUGCGGAAGAACAAUGUUCGGCGUCGGAUCAAGAGGCCAAGUCCGCCAAACCGCCUCCACCGACCAAGCCUCCAACUCCAUCGGUCUCUGCUCAAUCUGCUUCGGCCCCCUAUACGUCAGCAUGCACGACCCCGAAGGCAAAGCCCUCAAACGCCGCAUCGAGCGCUGCUAUCUCAGGCAGCUCAUGACAGGCUGUGGCAAGUCUCACUGCGCGAAUCCAUGGUGCAAGACUGGUCGCGCAAACGCAGGUCUUGAGGCGAAACCGUCGAGUGCGAGGGAGGUUCUCCCGCUGGUGAGGCCGCUGCUGGGCGACGUGAUGAACAUGGAUGCGCCGCUGUGGUUCUGCACGGAUGAGGGGAGUCAGAGGGGGAGGAAGUUGGCGGAGAUGAUGGCGGAGGAGGGGGUUUGGGAUGUCGAGUGGUGCAUUGCUGCGGCGGAGGCUGAGAAGGGGAGUUUGGAGAGGAUGAGGGAUUGGUUGCAGGCUUGGGCGCCUACGAAGUAA